ACAGUUCACUGUGCUGUCGAAUGUCGACACGUUGACGGUCGAACAGUAUUAAAUUUCGGCUGCUUGGGCAUACCUAUAUAUAGUAAUGUAUUUACAAAACCGUCCUCAUUAAGUUGAAUUUUAUACUAUAUAAACAAAGUGAUUUUUGUUACCUUUACCGAGUGUUUAUUGCAUUUUGUUGUCUUGUACCUGUUAGCGUUUCAGAAUACUUAGUUUGUAGAAUUUUCAUUUAUAACAGAGGUGUUUACGUAGCCAAAAAAACUCGAGCUAAGUAGAUCGAAUUUUCCCGAAAACCGUGCUCUUUUAUGAUAGAUAAGGAAAAGUUGUAUGAGAGUGGUCAUGUAAAAUUAUGAUUACCUGCAAGGAAAAAGACUAUCGGUUGUGGAAUUGAAUAAUUAUGAUCUACGAGUGAAAUAAGAAAACUAAUAUACAGUUACCAUUUUAAACUAAAUAGCUGCAUACCGUACAGGCUAGUUUGUUUAUUGUAUGAUAAAAAAAACAGCUGGCUGUUUUCUGCAUCAUCAUCAUCUUUUGAUUUGGCAUUUAAGAUAUUCCUGUUGACUUUUCAUUGAGAAACUAUGAAAAUUAUUUGUUCAACUGCCAGUUUACUUCUUUUUAUGAUAUUUAUUUCAACAACCAAGUGUGAUAAGUUAUCCUUAAAGAAAAAUAACAAUGAAGAGGCUAAAAAUCACCUUUUUCCACCAUGUGCGUCCUGCAAAAUACUAGUUGAUAGCUUUAAAAGGGGUAUGGAAAAAACAAAAAAAGGAAAGUUUGAAGGUGGAGAUGCGGAAUGGGAGGAGAAAAAGCUUGGAUCUUACCAAAAAAGUGAAAUUAGGCUAGUAGAAAUACAAGAAAAUUUAUGCAAGGAUGUUAAUCACGGCCAAAAUCAGUGCUAUUCUCUUGCCGAAGAGUUAGAAAGUCAGAUGGAGGAAUGGUGGUUCAAUAAUCAGGAUACUCACGAUUUUCAUGACUACCUAUGUAUACAAAAUGCCAAAAAGUGCUGUCCAUUGAAUCAUUAUGGACCAAACUGCGAACCUUGCAACGGAUUUCCAGAUAGUGUGUGCAAUAACAAUGGCAAAUGUAAAGGUGCUGGGACAAGGAUGGGCAAUGGAAAGUGUACAUGUGAUAAGGGGUACACGGGAGACGUCUGUUUUGAAUGUGCUGAUGGAUUCUAUCAGUCCUAUAAGGAUGAAAAGAAGCUGCUGUGCUCACCUUGUCACAAGGCAUGCAAAGGGUCAUGUUCAGGUGGAGGUCCUAAAGAGUGUCUGGACUGCACCUCAGGAUGGAAGUGGCUUGAAGGAAAGGGUUGCUAUGACAUUGAUGAAUGCUAUGAAAAUAAGACCAGCUGUCCUGAAAAUAAUUUCUGUAUCAAUACAGAAGGAAACUAUACUUGCCUAGCUUGCGACAGAGCUUGUAAUGGCUGUUUUGGAGACGGUCCUGACAUGUGUACCAAAUGUGCUGAUGGAUAUGAACAGAAAGAUAAUAUAUGUGUUGAUACUAGUGAUCGUACUCGCAAGACUACUGAAGAUUACUACAGGUAUGCAAGGUAUCUAGGUCUCUCCGUGGCUACAGGUAUUAUUCUGCAACGCAACAUUUACGUGGCUGCAGUGAUUGGUCUAUGUGUCGCUGUUUACAUUACUGUUUCCGAGUAUACAGUUGCACAAAAUAGUGGCCAGGAACCUAUCCUGAAUUUAGAUACUCUAGGAAAAAUUCCAAAGUAGAUUUUUUAUUGAUCUAAUUAAAAAAUAAAUUGUGUGAGAAA